AUGUCUAUGAUGCAAGCACAAAAGCGGCAAGCGGCUCACCACGUUGCCGUCUACGAUCUCGCACGUCAAAAGAGUUAUGGUGUUAGUGGUCUAUCUGGACGUGCUCAUAGGGCGUUCCAGAAUGGCGCUGAUGGCGCUCUGGCCUGGCUGGACCAACCGGCAAACAACACGGCAAAGAACGCUGUGAGACUGCUCCGCAUGUAUGUCAACCUGAUCUACGAGAACGAUGGCGCAACUUGGGAGGUCUUUCAGGGCCAAGAUAUACCGGAUAUGAUCACGUUCUGGCCUUUGAGAGGUCUAGUCUGCGAAACCGCGGCUAGGAUAUGGGUCAGAGCACAGCAAUGGAACGCGACGCCGGCUGUUGGUCAAGCUGCGGUCCAAGGAGAAGAAGAAGUUGAAAUUGAUGCCGGGGACACAGGUGAGGAUGUUGUGAAGAAAGAGCUCGCGAAGUUGUGCUGGAAGUAUGCGCAUUUCGCACAGGACUUUGCAAGGUGGAUGUUAAUCAAGGGAGAGGAUUCCCAUCCCCACGGUCCAGCCAAAGCCAAGCCCUUGACCAGCCCAUCGCAAUCUAACCACGGCGCCAUCACCAAACGCUCCCCAACCCCGCGGGCCGCAUCGCAACAGUCCCGCAGCACAAACAAUCUAAACUCGUUCGACAAGGCCAUGUAA